AUGUCGUUCGCUGGCGUAUCUUUCAUCUGCGACGGCGUGCACGUGUGUUCUUCUCCGGCCAAUGGCGCCGCCGGCAGCGCCGCCUAUGGGUACCACCUCCUUGUCAUCAACAACUACACGCGCACGAAGCAAGCCAUCCCCAAUGGAUUUCGCAUCAAGUCCGGCAAGUUCAAGCUAGGAGGCCACACUUGGCACAUCAAGUACUGCCCCAACGGCGACCGAUCGACCAUCUCGGGCUUCGUCUCCUUCCACCUCGUUCUUGAUUGUGACGGCGGCGAUGGCGCCGUGGCGGCGGAGCCCGUGAAUGCCAAGUUCGAGUUCAGCUUCGCCGACCAGGUCGCGAAGCAUCAGGCGACGCGGCUGCGCGCGACCAAGGUGUGCGAGUUCUCCCGCGACUGCAGCGCGUGGCACGUCGGGCGGUUCGUGCGGAGGGAGGCGCUGGAGCGGUCGAGGUAUCUCGUCGACGACUGCUUCACGGUCAGGUGCGACAUCAUGGUCGUCCACGCCGGCGCCGGCGCCAAUGGCGUGGCCGCCGCCACGGCGGCUCCAUCGAUGGCCGGCGCGGUGGAGAGCUUCGGCCGCCUCCUGGACACGAAGCUUGGCGCCGACGUGGCGUUCGAGGUCGGCGGCGAGACGUUCGCCGCGCACCGGUGCGUGCUCGCGGCCCGGUCCAAGGUGUUCGACGCUGAGCUCUUCGGCCCCAUGAAAGAAGGCACGGCGGCGAGCGUCGUGCGGAUCGACGACAUGGACGCCGAUUUGUUCAGGGGACUCCUUAGCUUCAUCUACACGGACGAAUUGCCCGAGAGAGAGGACCUUACAUGGCUGCAGCAAUUGAUCGUAGCCGCGGACAGAUACGAUCUGCAGAGGCUGAAGCUUCUGUGCGAGGAGGAGAUGUACGACCACAUAGGCGAGAAGACGGUGGAGACCAUGCUCAUCCUCGCCGAUCACCACCAUUGCCGCGUGCUCAAGGACGCAUGCUUGGGUUUCCUCGGGUCUCAUGGCAACCUGCAAAAGAUGAUGGCGGCUGAUGGCUUGGAUCGUGUGAUCAAGAACUUCCCCUCUCUUACCAAAGAGAUUAUCGGCAGAUUUGCAGUCGUCAUGGCAAACAAAUCUUAG